UAUCUGCCUCUCCCUUCCGUGUCCGCGCUCUCGUGUACGCAGUGAGCGUGCUCAAGUGCCAGUGGUUUCCGUUUUGUUUCCUGAUUAUUGCUAGUGCUCGGCCAGGCGGGGGUUUCUGCGCAGCGCUCUGGUCUGGAGAAACGUGGAAUUUGGCCGUACGGCGCUUUGAACCUUCAGCCCCGGAAAAGGGUGACAGCUUUUCACACAUCCGCCAACGUUGUAAUCAAAAGCGGCCUGCUGUGUAGCAAUGGAAGCUGAACAGAAUCAGGAAGUUCCAGAGGCUGUUGCUGAGACACAGGAAGUGGUGGCACAGCAAGAGGAGAAAUCGGAGCCUAAGUCCGAAGAGGUGGCACCUUCAGAACCAGCAGAUCCUCCAAAAGCGGCCCCUGAACCGGAGAAGACCCCAGAGGCAGAGCAUUCUGCUAGGGAAUUGCCAGAAAAGGAGAACGCGACGGAAUCCGAAGCGCCUCCAGCCAAACCAGCCGAACCCGAGGUGGCGCCACAAAAAUCUCCGGAGGAACCCCCGGCUGCCGAGUCUUCUGAGAAGUCCCCUGAGCAAGAACAGCAGAAGAAGUCUGAGGAGCCGCAGGUUCAAGUGAAUUCUGAACCUGAGAAGCAGGAGGAAGAAGCUGUGAAAGAGGUGGAGCCUAAGAAAGAGGAGGAGCCUGCCAAAGAGGCAGAGUCCAAACCCACUGCUGUGAAUGAAGCCAAGCCAAAAGAAUCUGAUAAAGCUGAGGAGAAAAAGACAGAAGGAGAAGAGGAAAAGGUACAACCAGAGGCCGAUGGAGUUCAAGCUGAGCCUCCCAAAGAGGCCGAGACCAAGCCGAAAGAGCCAGAGCUGCCUUUGUUCUUCGGCUGGUUCCUGCUUCCAGAGGAACAAGAACGAGUUAAGUGUGCAACCAUGGACUUUCUCAAGACGCUGGACACUUUGGAGGCCUUCAAAGGACACAUCAGUGAAUUUACCGGUGAGGCGGACAAAGAAGUGGAUCUUGAGCAGUAUUUCCAGAACCCAGUGCACCUCCACUGCACUACAAAGUUCUGUAAUUAUGGGAAAGCAGAGGGGGCAAAAGAGUAUGCAGAGCUGCAGGUGGUCAAGGAUUCACUUACCAAGUCUGAUGAGCUUUCCGUCACUGCUCUCAUAGUGACCCCUCGUGUGUUUGGGGCCCGUGUGGCUUUGACGGAAACCCAACUGAAGCUCUGGCCCGAGGGAGAGGACAAAGUAGGGGUCACUCCAGCCCUCCUGCCCAGUGUAGAGGCUCUCCCGGUGGGUAGCCGCGCCCAUGUCACAUUAGGCUGCGCGGCUGGUGUGGAGGCGGUUCAGACCGGUUUGGAUUUGCUGGAGAUCCUGGCUCUGCAGAAGGAGGGCAAGGAGGGCACCCAGGUCGAGAUGGAGUUGGGCACUUUGACCUACCUGAGCGAGGGCCGCUGGUUCCUCGCCCUGAGGGAACCGAUUACGGCAGACACCACCUUCUCUAGCUUCUCCGACGACAAGCCCACCAGUGAGCAAGGCAAAAAGGAUGGAGAGAAGAAAAAGAAAGUGUACCAUUCUGUGAGCGCAAAGCGAGGAGGAGAAGAAGAGAGGGGGGAAGAGGAGAAGACAUUUUUCCUAAGGGCUCCGGCCCUCGGUUGGCUGAGGAUGAUGUUGUGUUUUUGCAUGUGUGUAGGUGGAUUGCGUGUAUGUUUCGCAGCUUUAGUGUGUGCACAGGGAUGGCUUGGGAUGAUUUGGCAGGCAGUGUGUGACCAGACGUUCCAAAGCGGCCUGCUGGCUCCCGGCUUUCUCUUAGCUGGUGCCUUUUUUCCUUUUGCCUGGCAACACAAGCUCAGAGGCCUUAGUAUCUGCCUUAAGGUCAUGGAUCACUCUGCUGGAAAGUUCACUCUGCGUUAGGUGCUAGUUCACGUGGCUGUUUGGCCGCCACACCAUCCCUGUUCCCUUUACACAGGUACAUUCACGUUCGGUCUUCCUUACACGUGACACUCAUGUAGAACACUUAGAUUUAGCACAACUUUACUGGUUUGAUUAACUGAUUUAUACUCCGCUCCAGCUCAGUUUGUUGAUUAGUCUAGAUGCGUGGUUCCAAAGCUGCUUCUUUAGAAGAUUUGCAUUCUAAAUUUACAUUUAGAUCUUCGCUUUUCAUGAAAAGGAGCUUAAAUUGGAUCAUGGAGUAUAAAUUUGUUAGCUUAGUACGUGAUUCUUUGGUGUCCCUCUCCUUCUUCAGCCUUUGUGGAGCUGAUAAUUUCCAAGAAUUCAUGCUGCACCGUUGUUAUAAUCUCACCGAUAGUGAUCUGCAUGCCUUUCGCCAAAAAAAAAAACACAAAAAAAAAACACAUGGUUAA